ACUCAGUUCAUGUGCAAGCCUUUUGACUUUAUAGAACGCUGCUUGUGGAAACAAGAUAAUAGGGACAGAAGUUAGGUAGGUUGAUUCAGACUGGGCAAACUGAUACAGCUGAAGGAGAAGAGAAACUGUCAAGCUUCAUGAGACAAAAGGGGAUUUGAAAGUUGAAGUACACUAAAAAAGCAAAUCUAGAUUAGAAGCAAAGAAUUUGUAGCUUUUACGUUAACUGGUUUACUGUAUAAAAAAAUCUUUAAGAAUGUAAUUGUUUUUCUUGUUGAUUCUCUCAGGCACUUUCUAGCUAUGAGAGCAUUACCAUUGGGCAAGGCCGAUGACCCAAUGGUAAUGGGUCAUCAUUACCAUUGUUCUUGUGACCCCUUGUUCUUCUGAUUUUCUUUCUGAAAGAGUUAAUUUAUAUGGCUUUCAGAAAAGCUACAGUAAAUGCUCUUUCUGCUUACAGAAAUCCAAAAGAUACCUUCAAUUCUGAUGAAGGUCUCUAGCAAGGUCUUUUAAGGCUUAUUCUGAAUAAGCCCACAUUCGGUUUAUAUUUUGCAUUUUACACAGUGUUAUCCUAACUGUCUUGCUGAUAUCCAUUGGUGUGCUUUGUGUUGUAAUGGAAAUGUUUUUGAAAGUUUCAUAUCUUUUUUUUUAAGUUACUUUAAACAUAGUACUAGGGUUUGAAUUUUUAGAUGCUAUUUUUACAAAGAUUACCAAUAACUGUUAUAAUUGACUGAUUAAUGGAAGUUUUCUUUUCACUUUUAUUCAUUCAUUUGAUGGCCCUUAAUCAGUUUCUCCUAUAUGGGUGGGUCUUUCGCACAGCAAGUAGGGUGAGAAACGUUUGUAACAAACAAUGCGAUUGCUAAAUCCCACACUAUGGCUUGGGAAUUUGGGUACAGUAAUAGCCCCAAACCAAUCUGAACUUAUUUGCAUAACUAGGUUGCAUGUUGUCAGCAUCUUUGUAAUAUGAUUACUUUUCCUAAAGACUAGCAGUUGAGGCUGAAAUUUUCCAUGUUUGGUCUCUGCAAAGAAGCUCCUUUUUCAAAAUUUGAGAAUCACUUCAACUGUUGAAGUUACAAGAGUGGGAAAAAUAAUUUCAAUUUAAAACAUUGAAAUGCUGAUGUUAGAGGUGUAUGUACAGCUACCUCAGAUUGAGAGACGUUUGGACACAGUCAGAUCUGUGUGCCAUAUUGCACAGAAGAGGCUCACAGCAUGUUUCCAGGGCCAGUAUGGCACCGAUGCUGAUAAAAGACAUAAAAAGCUUCCUCUAACAGCUUUUGCCCAAAAUAUGCAAGAAGGAUCUGUCCAGCUCACUGAUGAUACUCUGUUGGGGAAGAUGCUGGACACUUGUGGUGAUGCAGAGAAUAAACUGGCAGUAGAGCUUUCUCACCAUGAGGUACAGAUUGAAAAAGACGUUUUAGAGCCACUAAACCAGCUAACAGAGACAGAAAUCCCCAAUGUUCAGAAGCAGAGGAAACAGCUUGCAAAGUUGGUUUUGGACUGGGAUUCUGCAAGAGCUAGAUACAGCCAAGCUUGCAAGACCUCGGGGACUAACUUUCAAAUGCAUCCAUCCAAAAUAGAUUCCCUUAAGGAAGAGAUGGAUGAGGCUGGAAAUAAAGUAGAACAAUGCAAGGAUCAACUUGCUGCAGAUAUGUAUAACUUCGUGUCCAAAGAAGGGGAGUAUGCCAGAUACUUUGUCAUGUUAUUAGAAGCACAAGCAGAUUACCAUAGAAAAGCAUUAGCAGUCUUAGAAAAGGUCCUCCCUGAAAUUCAAGCCCAUCAAGACAAAUGGACAGAAAAGCCAGCCUUUGGAACACUAUUGGAAGAGCAUCUCAAACGCAGUGGUCGUGAAAUUGCACUCCCUAUUGAAGCUUGUGUAAUGAUGCUCUUGGAAACAGGAAUGAAAGAGGAGGGCUUAUUCAGAAUUGCUGCAGGAGCCUCCAAACUGAAGAAGCUGAAAGCUGCUUUGGACUGUUCUACUUCCCAGCUAGAUGAAUUUUAUUCGGACCCUCAUGCCGUUGCAGGUGCCCUGAAGUCCUAUUUACGAGAGUUGCCUGAACCUUUAAUGACCUACAGUCUGUAUGAAGAAUGGACGCAGGUUGCAAAUGUACAGGACCAGGACAAGAAGCUGCAAGACUUGUGGAGAAUUUGUAAGCGACUGCCAAAGCCUAACCUGGCUAAUUUCAGGUAUCUAAUCAAGUUCCUAGCAAAACUUGCACAGAACAGUGACAUUAACAAAAUGACACCCAGCAACAUUGCCAUAGUGUUAGGUCCCAACUUGCUGUGGGCAAAGAAUGAAGGAUCACUUGCCGAAAUGGCAGCAGCAACUUCGGUCCAUGUGGUAGCAGUUAUAGAGCCAAUAAUUCAGCAUGCAGACUGGUUCUUCCCUGAAGAUGUGGAUUUUAAUGUAUCUGGGGCAUUUGUUGCUCUUCCUGCCACGAAUUCCAAUCAUUUCUCUCAACCUGGGAAUGAGUAUGAUUCGGGGACACUGGAACGGAAGAGGCCUGUUAGCAUGGCUAUCAUGGAAGGCGAUUUGCUGAAGAAGGAAGGCUUUGGUGUCAAGGUUAUGGACUUCCCAGUGAAUCCUCGGAGAUGUGGCACUAUAAAUAGAAAGCACACAUCCCCAGCUUUCCAGCCACCACUUCCACCUACUGAGGCUGGCAUGCUGGCUCAGCCUGUAGCAGAGCAGCAUUCACAGGGUUCUGUGGCUGAAACUAGCCCAGUGAGUGCAACUUCUGCUCCAUUUACUGGCACAGCAGAACAUGUACACACUCAAGGAAAUGAGGAUGUCAGUACCUCAAAGCCCAGAGAAACUGCAACUUCAACUACUCCUCCCCCCGUGAGAGAUGGUGGGCACUUAGGCACUAUGCAGAGCCAGCCGCAGUCAACAAGUAGCCCUAAUCAGCUUUGUGCCAGCCAGCCACCAAAUGCUGCUGGUCCCAGCCCGCAUGCAGUGAGGCGAGCUGUUAAAAAGCCUGCACCAGCACCUCCCAAACCUCCACCUGGGCAGCCAGGAAACCACGGUUCUACUCCACCAGUUCAGCUACCUUCUGUCUCUCCAAAACCACCCACCAGAAGUGCUUCUCCUCCUGGACAACUUACAAACCCAGGGGCAGGCCAGACUUCCACUUCUUCCCAGGUUUCUGCCCCUCGGAGAUACUCCAGCAGCCUCUCCCCAAUACAAGCUCCUAACCACCCCCCUCCACAGCCCCCCUCACAGGCUACACCUCCACUGCAGCCUAAACUAAAUAGUCAAGUGUCUUCUCCACCUGCUGUACCUAGUGGCGAACAUGGACCCGAGCAGGCACCUUGUACUCCACCUCAGACUCCAACACCACCUGAUACGCCACCUCCAGGAAAACACAGUGCUAGCGCCGCACUCUCUCAGCUGCAGUCAUCUACCCAAGAAACUUCGCAGUCUCAUUCUCCUCCUCAAACCGGGACAUUACCAAGGCCAAAGCCAGUACCAAAGCCCCGGAACCGACCUAGUGUUCCCCCACCACCUCAUCCUCCUGUGUCUCUGUCAGCGGGAGACAGUGUACUUACAAAUCCCACUCAGACGGCUUCCAAAAUAGUAACAGACUCUAAUUCCAAUGUUCAAGAACCACUUAGGAUCCUCUCUUCAGAGCCUCCUACAGAGUCAGCGAGCAAGGAUUUGCACAACCAUUUUGUGCUUGAUGUUGACAAUGAUACAGAAAGCACUGCCCUGUAAAAGAAACCAAAUGCUCCAAAACUUUUUAAAAACCUUUCUGUCCUCAUGGAAAACGAACAAAUCAAGACCUAACAGUGAAGAGCUUUUUUUUUUUUUGAAGAUACGGCAGAACUGUAUGAAGGCUCACUCUAAGUAUGUGUAAAGCAGAAGAAGUUUAAUGAUCUGUGUCUUGAAACUGGUUUAAAAAAAUCCUGGAUGGAAACAGUUGAUUACUGUGGAAAUGUAUAUAGGAAGCUUAAUUGCUGCUAACAGAGAUGGCAUUAGCAGAAAUCCCAAAAGAAUAAAAGGCAGUACAUCAGUUAUUAUUUAAGGUGCAUGUAUGGAAAUAACCUUCUUACUGUGGUUCCUAGUUCUUAAACAUUAUAUAUUAAAAAGGAGAUGCCUUGCAAGAGACUUUCCCUCACUGACUUGCUGCAGAAUUUUGUUCGAGUAUGAACCGAAAAUGCUAGAGCUGGUAGUGACUGCUGGUUAUCAGUCACCUUUCAAAACUGUGGAUAUAUUCUAGUGCCUUGAUGGACUGUCAUAUUGUAGAAAGAAACUUACUGUAUCUCUAACCAUUUUAUUGUUACUUUAAGUACUGACCAUUAUCGUUAUGUCAUAGUUAUCUUUAUUAACCAUACCUGCUUUUUAUGUGAAAUUCAUAACUGUUUCAAGGUGAAACUGUGGAAAUGUUUAUGCUUUCAUUUAAAUUGGUUGAAUUUUGAAAAAUUUGAACAGCUGUUUCGAUUCAUCAGUUAGAUGAGCAUUUAUCAAAUUAAAGGAUUCUGUCUUUUGUCA